AUGGACUUGUGGCAGAAUUCUGGAUUUCGAAGCUUGCGAGCCAAGUUCGAAUCCAAUGUGAUACCACAAAAUGUUCUCCGCACUUUGAGUUGCAGUUUUAUCAUGGAACAUAUUUACUUGGCGCAUGCGUAUAAGUUUGGCAUACCGUCAGUGUGUGGGGUUCACUUACCAGCCGCCAAAAUUUCUUCUCAGUGGAACCCUGGUCCGCCCCCUGCUGGGCCCACAACAACACCUUCUAGGGGUGGUGCUCAAGUGCCAAACACAGCGCCCCCUACUGCUACUCCAGCACCUCCUCCACCUGACGUUACCGGAUCAGAUGACAGUAACAGUAAAGACAGUUCUUCCAAAGUUGAUCUGGCAAAUUGUGAGGGUGAUGGGGUUUGGAGUCCAGAUAUUGAACAAAGUUUUCAAGAAGCCCUUGCAAUCUAUCCGCCAUGUGGUCGGAGAAAAAUUAUUUUGUCAGAUGAAGGUAAAAUGUAUGGUCGAAAUGAACUCAUUGCAAGGUAUAUAAAACUCCGGACUGGCAAGACAAGAACAAGAAAGCAAGUUUCUAGUCACAUUCAAGUGUUGGCCCGACGGAAAUCCCGCGAAAUUCAAACUAAACUGAAGGAUCAUGCUUCUAAAGAGAAAGCCCUCCAAUCACUGACAUCGCUAUCAUCUGCCCAAAUUGUUUCUGCUUCUGCCAUCCAGAAUAAGGCUCUUUCCCUCGUGGGUCCUCCAGUUAGUUAUCCAGGAGCAGCUUUUUGGCCAUCAGCAAUUGGUCAACCAGGAACCUCAGAAGAUGUUAAACCAUUUGCUGCUCAACCAUAUGGCAUAGCUACCAAACCAACAAUCUCAACAGGGGUUGUGGGGACAGACAUGUUAACCCCAAACACUCUAUCUCCAUGGGAAGGCCGUUCUAUUGCCACUCAUAAACUUCGUUUAGUAGAAUUUUCUGCUUUUAUGGAACAGCAACGAGACCAAGACUCCUACCAUAAACAUCUUUUUGUUCACAUAGGAGGUUUACCAGGUUAUUCUGAUCCAAUACUAGAAGCAGUUGAUAUCAGACAAAUUUAUGACAAGUUCCCAGAGAAAAAGGGUGGUCUUAAGGAAUUGUAUGACAAAGGUCCUCAAAAUGCUUUUUUUCUUGUAAAAUUCUGGGCUGACCUUAACACCAGCAUUCAAGACGAAGCAGGAGCUUUCUAUGGAGUUACAAGCCAGUAUGAGAGCAGUGAAAAUAUGACAAUAACAUGUUCCACAAAGGUUUGUUCUUUUGGAAAGCAAGUGGUUGAAAAAGUUGAGACUGAAUAUGCUAGGUUUGAGAAUGGACGUUUUGUGUAUAGAAUACAAAGGUCACCAAUGUGUGAAUACAUGAUCAAUUUCAUUCAUAAACUGAAACAUCUUCCAGAGAAGUAUAUGAUGAACAGUGUUCUAGAGAAUUUCACAAUCCUUCAGGUGGUGACUAAUAGAGAAACACAAGAAACUCUACUGUGUAUUGCUUAUGUUUUUGAAGUGUCCACAAGUGAACAUGGUGCUCAGCAUCACAUAUAUCGACUAGUGAAAGACUGAGAGUUGACUUGGAGCACUGCACCAUUCUGUCCAUCAUCCCAUCAAGUGUCAUUCAUGUUCAUCUUAAUAUCCUAACAGUGCCUAUGCUUGUGAGGUGGCUGUGGUUUUGCCUUGUAUAGUUGUUGUCAUUAGAUGAAACGUGUCCACUUGAGGUAGAAUUAUUUUUACAUAUUCAGCAUAGAAAUGUCAAUUCAUUAGUGUGAGUCUUAAGUCUUCUUCUGGUUCCAUAAGGCAAAUAGCUAAAGCAGCUAGAUUGGUGAUUGUUUGUACUAAGGCAAAACAGGAGAAGUUGCAUGUUUUAGAGCACAAACUAUAUGUUUUAGGUUUAAAUGAAAUACGAGAAAAUGACACCUCACCCAUUCAUGUGUGAUUGCAUUAACUUUAUUCCUCUGUUGAGGUUUGUAUAUUCUCCUGAUUAUCAUAUUUUAUACCAUAAUGUUAUAGAUUUGAUUUUUCCUUGUUAUGUUUCUCUUUUUGAAGAUAGAUUUAGAGUAAAGUUUGCAGAGUUUUGCUCUUCUUAAAAUAUUUACAGUAAACUUUGAUUUAUUAUUUGGAAGAGAAGUAACUGAUCCCAAUAAUCUUGUUACAAUACAAUCUUGAGCCACCCACUUAGGUCAUUCACCACCUGGCUUUUCUACUUCUAUACUACUGUGUAAUGUGUAAUUAUGGUUCUAUUCUUUUAGUAAACAAGGUAUGUGUCAUAAAAGAAUACUGUCAUGUGAUUUGCCAUCUGUUUUCUUGUAAAUUUAUGUUAAUUAUCCUGAUUGAAAUAUGAGCUAAUUAUUUCUUCACCUAUAUAGGUUUGAUUGAAUUUAGUGAAUGUUUAUAAAUCAGGUAUUGUAAAUUUUAAUCAAAGUUAUUCAAACUUGACAUUGUUUUUUGAUUACUAUAUACUAAUGAUGAUGAAGUGUGAACUUUAUAGUUACCUAAACGUUGAGAAACAUUAGGAAUCCUUACUUAAAUGGACAGUGCAAACUUCGAAUAUAUCUAAAAAAAUCUGUUACUGUUGAUGAGCAUGGUCUUCUGUUGCAGAUGAAACUUUUAUCUUUUACAUGCUAUGUGGUGAAGUAUAAUAUUUUUUUAAUGUGCCAUGCUCUUUAUUUUAGCUCAUGCCGUACAGUCUUGUUCUUUUCUUCCUUGUAAGAAAGUAAAUCAAGUUAAACAAUUUUUGUCACAACAUUUUACAUGUCUUUUGUGUAAUAUUUGUGUUGCUAAUUUGUCUUGCAUUUUUGUAGGUUAAAAUGACAGUAGAGCCUAAAAUCAAAGAUAUUUGUAUAGGCAUGUUUUCUUUAUGUUUCUGAUUUCGUGCACAUGUCUCCACCAUGUAAAAUAUUUAAACCAUAGAAAUAAAUCAUCUGUCAAAGAAUUAAAUUUCUGUAGCAUAAAAGUUUUCAUUCUUUUGAAUAUUGUUUACCUUCUGCAUUGUUCUAAAAAACAGCUUUUAUUCUGUCGAUGUAUUAGUUUAGCAAAUUGUAUAUAAAGUGUUUGUUUUAUUUUGGCCAAAAGGUUGAACCAGCCACUGUCUUUUAUAUAAACAGUAAUACAAAGAUACUAGUUGUACUAUAUUCAUUAGUUGUCAGUAUCUAGAUAAUAUUUAGAGAUGUUGAACACAAAAAUUGCAUUAAACAGUUAGUUUCAUCCAUAUUAAAGCAUUUACAGAUGUAUAUAUAAAGGUAAUUAAUGAACAAAAUAAAGUUGGUAACUACCAUUAGAACUAUUGGAAGCAGUGUAAUGCUAACUUGACUUGGACUAAUUAAAAAGCAAAUGUAAAUUUUAUAACCUCUAUUAAAUGAUAACAUACUCUAAGCUAAUCUUAUUAAUACGAUUAUCUAGAGCUGUAUAAAUAUUUUUAUCAAGCCCUUAGCUACAUCAUUUUACGCCCAUUUGUUGAUUCUUUUUUCAAUAGAAACUUUAAUUAAAGAGCUUGGAGUAAAUAAUUGAAAGUAGUGUUGUUGUUGUUGUUUGUUGUCUGAAUACCUGUGGUGUAGCUGGCUUUCUUUAUUGUAAAAAAAUACCUUGAAAAUGUCAUUAACAAUUAUCAGUUUAGCUCUGAUUUAAAUUAAAAUAUUUGUGAUUAUUUUUUAGUUUCUCAAUGAAAUAGCUCAGAGCAAUUUUUUGCAGCAUUUCUCUGAUCAGUUUACUUAAAUUUUUUAGCUGUCAGUUAUAUCUUUAUACUAGAAAUUUGAGACAUAUUUUUAUUAUGGAAUAAAAUUUUUUUAAUGGUUUGUACAAGUACUCGUGAUGAAGUAAUGUGUUUGACUAAACUGAAGUAACUAUUAAAACAGAUAGAAAACUGUUUAUUUCAAUUGCAGUGUGUUGAUUG